CGUCAGCUCCAGGGGACAGAGAAAUCUAUCUUUUGUGUGUCUGUCUGUGUGUUCCUGGCCGGCAGUUCCAGUGACAACAAAUAAAGCCUUCAAGCUCAAAAGCUGCAGUGUGGGUGGAUGCAUCUGGAGCGAGUAUAAAUUUUACAUUGGGGAUGCUAACCCUGAUCCUGUCGCCCUCAGAAGAGCACUAUCGAAAUUACGUAAGACAGCAGCUUUUGUGGCCGAUGCCACUUUGGAUGCCACUCAAUUAGGGGCACGAGCCAUGACGACUCAAAUAGUCGCUCGUCGCACCCUCUGGCUUCGCCACUGGCAAGCUGAUUCGGCGGCCAGACUGAACCUGUCCAAGGCUCCUUACUCCGGAUCUCUACUCUUCGGCGAGGAAGCUCUAAAGGCAGUUCUGGUUGAUCCAAAAUACGCCCAAAAACUGGUUCUGGCCACAGUCAAGAACAUCGACCACAGGCCCUUCAGGCGAUUUUCCUCCUUUCGUUCUAACCAGUCCUUUCGAGGAACGCGGCCAGGAGGACGAGGCCGCGACUUCAGACCCUAUGACUCCAACGUAUUCAGGGGCUCCUGGAACCGACGCCUCCAGGGCAGAGACCUACGGCUGGCUUGUCAACUUCGACAAAAGCCAUCUCCAACCAACCCAACGCCUACUACACCUUGGGGCAAUGUUGGACACGCUGCAGGCAAUGGUCUUCCUGGCUCCAGAUCGCAUCACUGCCAUCACAAGCAUCGCAAGGUCCCUGAUGCAACAAACAUCCGCAGACGUCAUGCUACUCGCCAGAGCGCUCGGGAUGUUUAUCUCCACAAUCCACAUUGUGCCCUGGGCUCGAGCCCACACUCGGCCCCUUCAGUGGACUCUGUUGCCUUUUCAAAAAGACAUUGCCAGCUCCAACCAUCGCAAAGUUCGUUUGAGCCCCGCUCUGCGCCUCUCCUUCCGCUGGUGGACCAAGGUUCAACAUCUCUCCAAGGGCACGUCGUUCAGAGAACGCCGCAGAACCAUCGUGACCACAGACGCCAGCCUCACAGGUUGGGGAGCCCACUGCAACUCCCAGUACGUUCAAGGGGUUUGGCCCAACGCAGAGCAAUCUCGAAGCAUCAACUGGCUGGAACUAAAGGCUGUCCACUUGGCUCUAUGUCAUUUUCAGUCUCUGUUCCCUUUGCAUCAUGUGCUCAUUCGAACAGACAACACGUGUGUAAAAUCACAUUUGAACAGACAGGGGGGCACCAGGUCUCGUCCUCUGCAGGACUUAGCCUCCCUCAUCUUUGUCUGGGCAGAACAACAUCUACAAUCCCUGAAAGCAGAGCACCUCGGAGGGAUUUGGAAUGUGACAGCAGACUGGCUCAGCAGACAACAGGUCUUCCCGGGAGAAUGGAAACUUCAUCCAGCCAUUUUCCAUCGUCUCCAGUGUCGGUUCGGCGCCCUCUCAGUCGACCUGUUUGCUUCCAGUCACAAUUGCCAGCUUCCCAGGUACUUUGCCCGAUACCUGGACUCAACAGCAGAAGCAGUGGAUGCUCUGACAACACCGUGGCCAGACGGUCUAUUGUACGCCUUUCCUCCCAUACCAUUGUUAGCCAAAACCUUGAGGAAGGCGCGAACCGAAAGGGCACAGCUGGUUCUGAUAGCACCAUUUUGGCCACGCCGUCCGUGGUUCUCAGAUCUUCUGGCAAUGUCAAUGAUGGAUCCUUGGACACUUCCAGUAACGCCAGACCUCUUAUCCCAGGGUCCAGUACUGCACCAGGACCCUACUUGGCUCAAUCUAACAGCGUGGCGUUUGAACGGAGACACUUGAGGUCAGCUGGACUGUCUGACGCUGUGAUUGAUAUUAUUUUGGCCUCGAGAAGACCAUCUACCACUCGCAUUUAUCAACAUACCUGGGUGGCUUUCUCCAAGUGGUGUCAGUCCCACCACCACGAUCCAUCCCAGGCCAAUGUGCACCAGGUGCUCCAAUUUCUCCAUAGUGGCUUUAUGAUGGGACUUCGACUCAACACUCUACGUCGACAUGCAUCUACUCUGUCAUCCAUUCUCUCAGUGUCCUCUCCUGGAGAUCAUAUCUCCUCACAUCCGUUCAUCAAACGUUUUUUGAGGGGAGUCGCCCUACGCUCUCCGGCUGUUGUCCAUCGGUUCCCCUCAUGGAGUUUGCCGAAAGUUCUGCAGGCUUUGCAACGCCCUCCGUUUGAACCCAUCAGGACUGUGCCCCUACGUAUACUGUCCUUCAAGGUCCUGUUUCUGAUCGCAAUCACAUCUGCCAGACGCGUUUCGGAGUUGGGCGCAUUGUCUUCUGCUAGACACCUCUGCGUCUUCCAUAAGGACUCUGUUGUGCUGAAGACUGACCCUUCCUUUCGUCCCAAGGUCGAUUCAGUUUUUCAUUGCAACCAGGACAUUGUUUUGCCUUCCUUUUGCCCGAAUCCUACCCAUCCUCUCGAGAAGGCUUGGCAUUCGUUGGAUGUCCGGAGGGCUCUCAAGACCUACCUGUCUAGGACCCAAGAGAUUCGACGAACGGAGUCUCUGUUUGUAUCCUUUCAUCCAAGGUCUAUGGGGCAUAAAGUAUCCAAUCCUACCUUAUCCCGUUGGUUAAGGGCAUGCAUUACUUUAGCAUAUGAGUCCCUGAAGCUGUCAGUUCCAGCUAGUAUAACGGCUCAUUCUACCAGGUCAGCUGCCACCUCGGCUGCUUUUGCCACUAAUGCUCCUGUUGCCGAUAUUUGUAGGGCUGCAGUCUGGUCUACCCCACACUCGUUCAUAAGGCAUUAUAAAAUUGAUCGUUAUGCCUCUGCUGAUGCAUCUUUUGGCAGACGAGUGUUGCAACAGGUUCUUAAUGUGGAUUAACGUGUGGGUGGUCCCUCCCUAUAUGGGUUGCUUUGGUACAUCCCACGGUGAUGGCCCCCCUCCUAUGGAAAAUGUACCAUUGGUCUCACCUGAAAGGUGAUUUUCAUAGGAGGGGGCCAUCAUGACCCUCCCAGUUAGAGGAUGACUAGACAUUUUAUCAAUGGGUUACAUGUUAUUGUUACGCUAUUAUAUUUAAAUAUAAGAGUGAAGUCAAGACUUUUAGUUCUGUUAUGUUAUGUAGUU